GCGCCAUGAGCAUCGAGACGCUGCUGGAGGCGGCGCGGUUCCUGGAGUGGCAGGCGCAGCAGCAGCAGACCGCACGUGAGGAGAAUGAGAAGCAUGAGAAGCUCUGCGUGGAGAGGGAGCAGGAGCAGAAGAAGGCGGGCAAGGCCAGCGUGCCCCGGGCCGGCAGCGCCCUAUCCCCCGAGGAGCCCCGGAGCGACCUGCUGGUGCCCAUCUCCCCGCCGGGCCCCGUGCCCCUGCCAGCCCCGCCGCUGGCAGCUCCCAUCUCCGUCAUUCCCAUCCCGGUUGUCACCAGCUCCCCGCAGCAAGCGGCCCAGGCCGCGCUGUCGCCGCCGCUCGGGCAGCGCCCCCCGCCCCUCGUAAGCACUCCCGGUGUGCCCAAGGAAGCGCCCUCGGUGGCCCCGGUGAUCCAGCGGCCGCCGGGCCCGCAGCUGCCGGACGGGAAGGCCGCGAGCCCGCCGUCGGGCAGCCCCAAGCAGCUGCAGCACUACCCGGCGCCCGUGCUGGCCAUCUCGCAGCACCAUGUGGUGCCGCAGCCCAUCCAGCCCCUGCAGCACCCGGCAGCGCCCGCGCCGCUCGGCGCGCUCAAACUCGCGCCGGCUGACGACAUGAAACCCAUCGAGCUCAAGAAGAGAAUUGGAGGGGUUGGGACCAGGGAAGUACAUAAUAAAUUGGAGAAGAACAGACGUGCACAUUUGAAAGAGUGCUUUGAGACAUUAAAGCGCAACAUCCCCAACGUAGAUGACAAGAAGACCUCAAACCUCAGCGUCCUCAGGAGUGCCUUGAGAUACAUCCAGACUUUAAAGAGGAAGGAGAAAGAAUACGAGCACGAGAUGGAGCGGCUGGCGAGAGAGAAGAUCGCAACGCAGCAGCGGCUGGCAGAGCUGAAGAACGAGCUGAGCCAGUGGAUGGAUGUCCUGGAGAUUGACAGGAUUAUCCGACAGACAGUUCAGCCAGAGGAUGACCAGGCAUCUACCUCGACAGCAUCAGAGGGUGAAGACAACAUGGAUGAAGAUAUGGAAGAUGACAGGCCAGUGAACUCAUUACCAAAACUCACGCAGCGCCAGCACCCAGAGCUGCUGAAAGCCGUCCCCCCCAGUGCUGCUGCCCCCCUGCCCACGGUCCUGCCCCCACACGUGUCCAUCCAGCAGAAGCCCCACGCCCAGCCCUCCCUGCAGACACAAGCCCUGGUGCCGCCGCAGGCCAUCGUCCCCGCACAGACUCACAUCGUGGCGGCCUCCACCGUGCAAUCGACUGUUAUCGCCCACACGGCCACCACCCACGCCUCCGUCAUCCAGACUGUCAACCACGUCAUCCAGGCUCCUCAGACCAAGCACAUCGCUCACAUUGCACCUUCCACGUCCAGCCCCGUGCAACUCAGCACCGCUGCUCAGCCCAUCGGCCACAUCACUGUGCACCCGGCCGCCAUCAACCACAUGGCCCACCUGGGCCCGCAGCUGCCGCUGUACCCGCAGCCCGUGGCCGUGAGCCAGCCCGUGGUGAGCCACAUCGCUCACACCAUCUCGCACCAGCAGGUGAACGGCUCGGCGGGGCUGGGCCAGCCCGUCAUGGCCAAGCCGGCCGUGGGCGCGCAGGUGGUGCAUCACCCGCAGCUCGUGGGCCAGACGGUGCUGAACCCCGUGACUAUGGUGACCAUGCCCUCGUUCCCGGUCAGCACGCUCAAACUGGCCUAGGGGGCACGGCCGGCGGCCACGUCCUGCCUGGGAACCUUUCCUAAGGAAACUCCAUACAUUCCAACCGCGCCCGGCCGCGCAGGGAGCGCAGCGAU